GCCGGAGCGAGGCCGCCGCGGCGGCGGGGGAGGUGGGGCGAGGCGAGGCUUGCUGGGGUGAGGCGGCGGCCGGGCCGGGCCGGGCCACAAGCGGUGGCGGCGGGACCAUGGAGGCGACGGCCGCUGCUCCGCGUCCCCAGCUGCUCCUCCUCGUGCUGGCGGCGACGGCGGCGGCGGCGGCGGCGCUGCUCCCGGGGGCGACGGCAUUACAGUGUUUCUGCCACCUCUGUACAAAAGACAAUUUUACUUGUGUGACAGAUGGGCUCUGCUUUGUCUCUGUCACAGAGACCACAGACAAAGUUAUACACAACAGCAUGUGUAUAGCUGAAAUUGACUUAAUUCCUCGAGAUAGGCCAUUUGUAUGUGCACCCUCUUCAAAAACUGGGUCUGUGACUACAACAUAUUGCUGCAAUCAGGACCAUUGCAAUAAAAUAGAACUUCCAACUACUGUAAAGUCAUCACCUGGCCUUGGUCCCGUGGAACUGGCAGCUGUCAUUGCUGGACCAGUGUGCUUUGUCUGCAUCUCACUCAUGUUGAUGGUGUAUAUCUGCCACAACCGCACUGUCAUUCACCAUCGAGUGCCAAAUGAAGAGGACCCUUCAUUAGAUCGUCCUUUUAUUUCAGAGGGUACUACGUUGAAAGACUUAAUUUAUGAUAUGACAACAUCAGGUUCUGGCUCAGGUUUACCAUUGCUUGUUCAGAGAACAAUUGCGAGAACUAUUGUGUUACAAGAAAGCAUUGGCAAAGGUCGAUUUGGAGAAGUGUGGCGAGGAAAGUGGCGGGGAGAAGAAGUUGCUGUUAAGAUAUUCUCUUCUAGAGAAGAACGUUCAUGGUUCCGUGAGGCAGAGAUUUAUCAAACUGUGAUGUUACGUCAUGAAAACAUCCUGGGAUUUAUAGCAGCAGACAAUAAAGACAAUGGCACUUGGACUCAGCUCUGGUUGGUGUCAGAUUAUCAUGAGCAUGGAUCCCUUUUUGAUUACUUAAACAGAUACACAGUUACUGUGGAAGGAAUGAUAAAACUUGCUCUGUCCACAGCGAGCGGUCUUGCCCAUCUUCACAUGGAGAUUGUUGGUACCCAAGGAAAGCCAGCCAUUGCUCACAGAGAUUUGAAAUCAAAGAAUAUCUUGGUAAAGAAGAAUGGAACUUGCUGUAUUGCAGACUUAGGACUGGCAGUAAGACACGAUUCAGCCACAGAUACCAUUGAUAUUGCUCCAAACCACAGAGUGGGAACAAAAAGGUACAUGGCCCCUGAAGUUCUCGAUGAUUCCAUAAAUAUGAAACAUUUUGAAUCCUUCAAACGUGCUGACAUCUAUGCAAUGGGCUUAGUAUUCUGGGAAAUUGCUCGACGAUGUUCCAUUGGUGGAAUUCAUGAAGAUUACCAGCUGCCUUAUUAUGAUCUUGUACCUUCUGACCCAUCAGUGGAAGAAAUGAGAAAAGUUGUUUGUGAACAGAAGUUAAGGCCAAAUAUCCCAAACAGAUGGCAGAGCUGCGAAGCCUUGAGAGUAAUGGCUAAAAUUAUGAGAGAAUGUUGGUAUGCCAACGGAGCAGCUAGGCUUACAGCAUUGCGGAUUAAGAAAACAUUAUCACAACUCAGUCAACAGGAAGGCAUCAAAAUGUAAUUCUACGACUUUGCCUGAACUCUACUUUUUUCUUCAGAUCUGCUCCUGGGUUUUAAUUUGGGAGGCCAAUUGUUCUACCUCACUGAGAGGGAACAGAAGGAUGUUGCUUCCUUUUGCAGCAGUGUAAUAAAGUCAAUUAAAAACUUCCCAGGAUUUCUUUGGACCCAGGAAACAGCCGUGUGGGUCCUUUCUGUGCACUAUGAACGCUUCUUUCCCAGGACAGUUACAAAAUGUUGUGUAGUCUACUUUUAUUUUUUAUUAACAAAACUUGUUUUUUAAAAAGAUGAUUGCUGGUCUUAACUUUAGGUAACUCUGCUGUGCUGGAGAUCAUCUUUAAGGGCAAAGGAGUUGGAUUGCUGAGUUAUAAUGAAACAUUUCUUCUUAUUAAAGAAAGUGAUUUGCUCCUGGUUAGUACAUUCUCAGAGGAUUCUGAACCACUAGAGUUUCCUUGAUUCAGACUUUGAAUGUACUGUUCUAUAGUUUUUCAGGAUCUUAAAACUAACACUUAUAAAACUCUUAUCUUGAGUCUAAAAAUGACCUCAUAUAGUAGUGAGGAACAUAAUUUAUGCAAUUGUAUUUUGUAUACUAUUAUUGUUCUUUCACUUAUUCAGAACAUUACAUGCCUUCAAAAUGGGAUUGUACUAUACCAGUAAGUGCCACUUCUGUGUCUUUCUAAUGGAAAUGAGUAGAAUUGCUGAAAGUCUCUAUGUUAAAAACCUAUAGUGUUUGAAUUCAAAAAGCUUAUUUAUCUGGGUAACCCAAACUUUCUCUAUUUUGUUUUUUGGAAGGGUUUUUGUGGUAUGUCAUUUGGUAUUCUAUUUUGAAAAUGCCUUUCUCCUACCAAAAUGUGCUUAAGCCACUAAAGAAAUGAAGUGGCAUUAAUUAGUAAAUUGUUAGCAUGGUCAUGUUUGAAUAUGCUCACAUCAAGCUUUUGCAUUUUAAUUGUGUUGUCUAAGUAUACUUUUAAAAAAUCAAGUGGCACUCUAGAUACUUACAGUACUUUAAUAUUUGUAGCAUACAGACUAAUUUUUCUAAAAGGGAAAGUUUGUCUAGCUGCUUGUGAAAAGUUAUGUGGUAUUCUGUAAGCCAUUUUUUUCUUUAUCUGUUCAAAGACAGUGUUAUUUUUUUAAGAAAUGAAUUACAUUUAAAAUUAGAAUAUGGUUAAUGUUAAAUAAUAGGCCUUUUUCUAGGAAGGCGAAGGUAGUUAAUAAUUUGAAUAGAUAACAGAUGUGCAAGAGAGUCACAUUUGUUAUGUAUGUAGGAGUAAACGUUCGGUGGAUCCUCUGUCUUUGUAACUGAGGUUAGAGCUAGUGUGGUUUUGAGGUCUCACUACACUUUGAGGAAGGCAGCUUUUAAUUCAGUGUUUCCUUAUGUGUGCGUACAUUGCAACUGCUUACUUUACGUGUAAUUUAUGUAAUGCAUUCAGUGCACCCUUGAUAUUUGGGAGAGGUGGUAGCUAAAGAACAUUCUGAGUAUAGGUUCUUCUCCAUUUACAGAUGUUUUUGGUCAAAUAUUGAAAGCAAACUUGUCAUGGUCUUCUCACAUUAAGUUGAAACUAGCUUAUAAUAACUGGUUUUUAAUUCUAAUGCUGUGAAGUCUCUGCAGAGCUUUUACAGUUUUCGAAGUCCUUUUAUCACUGUGAUCUUAUUCUGAGGGGAGGAAAAACUAUCAUACCUGUGAGGCAAGACUUCGACUUUAUAGUGCUAUCAGUUCCCCAAUACAGGGUCAGAAUAACCGAUACAGUAUUUUGGUCAGGAAGAGAAAGUGGCCAUUUACACUGAAUGAGUUGCAUUCUGAUAAUGUCUUAUCUCUUAUAUGUAGAAUAAAUUUGAAAGACUAUUUGGUCUUAAAACCAAAGUAAUUUUAGAAUGAGUGACAUAUUACAUAGGAAUUUAGUAUCAAUUUCAUGUGUUUAAAAACAUGGGAAAAAUGCUUAGAGAUUACUAUUUUGACUACAAAGUUGAGUUUUUUCUGUAGUUACCAUAUUUCAUUGAAGCAAAUGAAUGAGUUUGAGAGGUUUGUUUUUAUAGUUGUGUUAUAUUACUUGUUUAAUAAUAAUCUCUAAUUCUGUGAUCAGGUACUUUUUUUGUGGGUUUUUUUUCGGGGGGAGGGGGGCCAUUUCUAAGCCUACCAGAUCUGCUUUAUGAAAUCCAGGGGACCAAUGCAUUUUAUCACUAAAACUAUUUUUAUAUAAUUUUAAGAAUAUACCAAAAGUUGUCUGAUUUAAAGUUGUAAUACAUGAUUUCUCACUUUCAUGUAAGGUUAUCCACUUUUGCUGAAGAUAUUUUUUACUGAAUCAAAGAUUGAGUUACAAUUAUACUUUUCUUAACCUAAGUGGAUAAAAUGUACUUUUGAUGAAUCAGGGAAUUUUUUUAAAGUUGGAGUUUAGUUCUAAAUUGACUUUACAUAUUAUUGCAGUUAAUUCCUUUUUUGGCUAGGGAUGGUUUGAUAAAUCACAGUUGGCUAAUAUUGAAAAUGAAGGUAACUUAAAAGGUGGGAUGGAUCAUGAUUACUGUCAAUAACUGCAGAUAAAUUUGAUUAGAGUAAUAAUUUUGUCAUUUAAAAACACAGUCGCUUAUACUGCCCAUCCUAGGAUGCUCACCUUCCAAGAUUCAACUUGGCUAAAACAUCUUCUGGUAAAUUGUGUGUCCACGUUCAUUUUGUCAAUAGCCAGGAGGAAUGGGAAUGGGGAUGGGGGAAAUAUGAAUUAGUGGGGCAUAGACAUCCCUGGUCCAUCCUUUCUGUCUCCAGCUGUUUCUUGCAACCUGCUCUCCGGCUUGCUGGUCCCUGACACAGAGACCAUUGCCUCCCCCACAGCCUUUUGACUGAAGAGCAGCUUUGGAGACCUAGAGUAAAAUGGCUGAUGGAAGUUGUGGGACAUAUUUCCAUUUCCUUUCGUCAUUAGAGGUGGCAGGGAGGGAUCUCUAAGUUUGGAGAUUGAGCAGAUGAGGCUUUGGAUGCCCCUGCUUUGACUUUAGCCAUGGAUGAGGAGUGGGAUGGCAGUAAGGUGGCUGCGGCAGUGGGAGUUGUGCCAGAAACAGUGGCCAAUUGUAUCCCCUAUAAGACAGGGUAAGGUCUGAAGAGCUGAGCCUGUAAUUCUGCUGUAAUAAUGAUAGUGCUCAAGAAGUGCCUUGAGUUGCUGUACAGUGCCAUGGCCAUCAAGAAUCCCAGAUUUCACUUCUUAUUACAAAAUGUAAGUGGUCACUUGGCGAUUUUGCAGUCCAUGCUUGAGUUACCUUUUUUUUCUGUGUCUGAGAACUAUCAGAUACAGGCUGUUUCGUAAAACAAGAUGGCAAAGAGAUCAUUAAAGUGCACAACAAAAUCACUAUCCCAUUAGACAUGUUAUCCAAAGCUUAUUUUUAUUCUUGCACUGGAAGAAUCGUAAGUCAACUGUUUGUUUCUUGACCAUGGCAGUGUUCUGGCUCCAAAUGGUAGUGAUUCCAAGUAAUGGUUCUGUUAAUACUUCGGCGGAAAAUGCCAACUCAGAUACUUUGAGAUACUAAGGAUUAUCUCUGGACAUGUACUGCAGCUUCUUGUCUCUGUUUUGGAUUACUGGAAUACCCAUGGGCCCUCUCUCUUAAGAAUGCUGGACUUCUAGGACAUUAUGAUAUUAUGAUGAUUGUCAGUACAUUAAACUUUUCAAUCCCAUUAUGCAAUCUUGUUUGUAAAUGUAAACUUUUAAAAAUAUGGUUAAUAACAUUCAACCUGUUUCUUACAACUUAAAAGGAACUUCAGUGAAUUUGUUUUUAUUUUUUAAAAAGGUUUGUGAACUGAAUAUCAUGAACCAUGUUUUGAUAUCCCUUUUUCACGUGCCAGCGGAAUGGGGUGUUUGAUGUUUCUUCAUAUGUCAAGGAGAUGCUUCAAAAUGUCAAUUGCUUUAAACUUAAAUUACCUCUCAAGAGACCAAGGUACAUUUACCUCAUUGUGUAUAUAAUGUUUAAUAUUUGUCAGAGCAUUCUCCAGGUUUGCAGUUUUAUUUCUAUAAAGUAUGGGUAUUAUGUUGCUCAGUUACUCAAAUGGUACUGUAUUGUUUAUAUUUGUACCCCAAAUAACAUCAUCUGUACUUUCUGUUUUCUGUAUUGUAUUUGUGCAGAAUUCUUUUGGCUUUAUCAGUGUAAUCUCUGCCCUUUAAGAUAUGUACAGAAAAUCUACAUACAAAUUUCCAUUUAAGUCGAAUGAUACUGAGAAGCCUGUAAAGAGGAGAAAAAAACAUAAGCUGCGUUUCCCCAUAAGUUUUUUAAAUUGUAUAUUGUAUUUGUAGUAAUAUUCCAAAUGUAAAUAGGAAAUAGAAGAGUGAUGCUUAUGUUAAGUCCUAACACUACAGUAGAAGAACGGAAGCAGUGCAAAUAAAUUACAUUUUUCCCAAGUGCCAGUGGCAUAUUUUAAAAUAAAGUGUGUAUGUUGGAAUGAGUCAUGCCAUAUGUAGCUGCUGUAGAUGGCAACUAGAACCUUUGAGUUACAAGAGUCUUUAGAAGUUUUCUAACCCUGCCUACUGCAAGUUACAAUAUUAUAGCAUGUUUGGGGAGUGUCCUCCUGUCUGCAGGUGUGUCUUUGUGCCUGGAGGCUCUUCUCCACAUGCUUAGGGGUGUGGGUCUUCCAGGGGGGCAUGAUGGACCUGUCUACAGGUGAACUCUGUUGCCUUUGGGUCAGCACAUUUGUUAGUCUCCUGGGGGUGAAAACUUGGCUUGACAAGAGAACUGGGAAAAUGAUGAGAUGUGGUCCCCAAACCCUUGAUUGACUCUGGGGAGGGGCUUUGUGAAUAGGAUUGCUCUCACAUUAAAGAUAAUUACUUCAAUUUGAAGGCUGGAUUUAGGGAUUUUUUUUUUUUUCUUUAUAAUAAAGACAUCACGAGGAUAUGGAGCUUUUGUUGAAAGUUGGAAAAAAAGUGAAACUAAAGACAUUCCCAGACAAA